AUGUUCCAUCAAAAGCCGCAUUUCCGAAAGUCCCUAACAGGACGGCCACUCGACGCUCGUCCCAUGGACUUCUUCGAUCGAAUGCCGCCAUCUUUGAAAAAUGUUUGUUCUUUUUUCGUUUUUCUAUCAGUAAGACGCGUUUGUUGCGACACUAGAGGAAGCUGUGAAAUAUUUUCUACGCACUAUUGUUCUCUAUUCUGAAAUUCUUUAGUGAAUUACGGCUUGGCUCAGAACUGAAUAAUCACUAAAAAAGACUCUUCACGGGGACAAAUUUCCUUCAAAUUUUUUUUUUAUGAAUUUCCAGCAAAUAACUCUUGAAACGAAGUUGAGUUCUUGAACGUGUUAGGCGGGCUGGGAAGGCGUUAUUGAUCUGAAAAAUUAAAACUAGAUGUUUUCUUUCAGAAGUUAAUCUGGAAGGUCAUGAUUAUCUAGAAAACUUAUUGACGAAAUACCUCUUUCGCUGUUUCUCGAGAAAUUGCCUAAAAAUAAAUUUGAUUAGAGUAAGAAUUUCCGAAGGCAUUCAGAACUGGAAUAGUCCCAGAAGUGAGGAAGGCCGAGGCGGCGUCUAUUUUCUAUUCUUCCACGAAUUUUUUUGUUAAAAUUUCCGCCUCGAUUUAACACAGAGCAUACUAAUUUUCAGCGCGAAUUCUUUCAUUCUUCUUUUUUUCUUCCUUUUUCUUAUUGUGUUCAUUUCUGCUUAACAAGUGCUCUUCUUAGAACGGUUCCAAUUUUUUCCACUGGCCUCAUGACUUCUGCACGAAAAUUGGCAAAAAAGUAGUUAAUAAAUUUGAAGUUUCAGUAAAGGAUUCUUGCACUCAAAAAAAAUUUUUAUACGUUAAUGAAAUGAAGGAAAACUCUAUGAAGAAACUCAUAAAGGAAAAGACUUUAAUGGAAAAAAAAGUCGGAAUUGUUAUUUUUGUUCAAGUUAGAGGUUAGUCUUCUUUGUCAGUCUGAAAAAUAAUGCGCUCCAAGGAUAUUCAUCCAUCUUUUCACCCAAUUUUCAAUUCCAGAUAUCUUUUGACUUUUUAGUUAUUCACCAAAGAAUCAUCAACUCACUAAUUUUUUGAUCUAAAUAAGUUUUCAGACACUUAUUACAUCUAACAAAACUAUUAAUGAUAGUGAAUAUUCGUGCAUUGAGAAAAAACUUUUUUAAACCAAAUUUGAGGUUAUCAACUAAUAAAAGUGUCAUUUUUUUUUUCUUCAACCUGUUUUUAGAACUAUGUAAGAUCUAAAAAUAUGCCGUGUGAAUAAAUAGCGAGUUUGCGUGUCAGUCUAUCAUUGCUGAAGAAAUAACCAAAAAGAGAGUUUUAUAGGUUUAGGUGAAUUUGUCGUGUAAGACGAUGACCAAACAUUAGAUUCGCUCCCAAACUCAAUAAAUAUUUCUACUUUGGAGAACCCCGCAAGGCGAAGAACCUAUGCUCUUCGCUUUUUUCGCGGAACUUCCUCUUUUUUUUUGACUUUCAAACCCAGACUUACAAGAUCCCCACUAUGUAAAGCUGUGAGCGUUCUCAAUCAGAUAGAGACUUUCAGAUGAUUUUCAACUUUUCGCGAUAGUUCGAAAUUCAACUUUUUUCAAAAAAAUUUUUCUUAAACUAUUGGACGCUUUUCAUCUGUCACGCGGAAUUUUUUUAGCCUGAUUUUGAUUGAAAGUUCUUAAAGAUUUUUUUUUUUGAAUGACCCGAAAAUUUGUAUAAUCGGUCUUGAGUAUUAUUAAGUCAAGUUGGCGCUCGUAUGUUGGUUAUCGAGGCUUGAAACGGUAAAAGCGGUGGAUUUUAUGUAACAAAAGUAAUCGAAAAUUAGCCCUGCGGGUCCAUCUUCGAGCACAUCCGAUGCAUGGAAACUUGACGUCAUUUUUCGCCUGUCAUGUACAAUAUGACGUCAUUUUUGAGAGCUUUGCUCCAUCUUUUCCAUGUCUCAUGUAUGAGUCAUUGUUCAGUUUGAGACAUAGACUUCUUUUUUUUUGUAAUGUCUUUCUUUCUUCUUUUUGUUAUCCGUAUUUUUUAAGCCAUUGAAUAUCGCCAUAUAACGCUUAUCUUACAAAACCAACUUAUCAAUAAUUUUUUUUUAAAAACGAUCGCAGCCUGUCCAAUGAAUCUUUUCAAAGGUUUGCAAAGUUUUCUUUUUUAUAAAAAGUGCUUUGGAAAAAUUUUCUUAAACUUUCCCGGUAAUAGACGUGCUCACGUAUGUCUGCAACUCCCGUUCCCUAUCAUUAUUUUCCGAAUAAUCUGUCAUUUUGUCUUCAUUUAUAGACUAUUUUAUCAAACAGCAGUACAACGGUUACGUACGCAACUCGUGCACUUUGGUUGAAUGGCUUGUUUUGUAAGCCAAAGGUCACGAUUCCCGCCCAUUUUCAGCUAAAACGAAUAGCUUCGGCAAUAUUUUCCGAUUCAUCGCGCUCAUUUUUGGUGAACCUGUAAGAGCCCCAUCCUUUUCUUGCUGAUGCUCAUCAGUUUUUCACAAAUGUUUAUCACAACAUUCGGUAGGAAAUACUGCAGGUUGUGCAACAAGAAACGUUGGAUGACACUCAUUUUGUGACGUCAAAUCCUAUUUUUGUUUUCGCAAAAAUAUUAAUGAAAAGAAUGGCCGCCCUGAGUUUCCUGUUAUUUUUGCUAUUUUCGGUGAUGGGAGGCGGCUUCGUUUCUAUUUGUUUAUUGUGUUUCAUGAGGUGCAAACUGGGGGAUGAAGAAACAGUGCCAAAGGCGAUGAACUAGUUCAUUUCAGCUGUUCUUUGGCAUUGCGUCUCAUUUUCAAAAGUUUCUUCUUCAAAUUUGAACUCGAAAGCUCGAAAUUAUUCCGAGAGAGUCUUCUAGGGAGGUUUUAGCGGAAAAAAUAGCUUUUUUCGAAGUUUCUCACGGGUUAAAUAUUCACAGACACGUGCCUCUCAAGCGGCUCAGUUUAUUGCUAGAAGAGCGAAAAAAAGAACACUUUGGUCUUCAUUCUUUCUUUCUUUUUUCAUCUUAGUCUGGCUUCGAGAAGGAAAACCUAUCCGAUUUCUAGAAACUGUCGAUGGUAUUCAGGCCGUAGAAGAGGUUUUCUUGAAACUUGGCUCUAUUCAAUCAAAAAUUUCAUUAAACAUUGUUAAGAAAUUCGUUUGACUAAUAACUAACGCCUCAGAAAAUCACAAACACAACGAAAAAGGUGAGUUGAAAAGUUUGAAGCAAGCUGUCUUUUUCUUUCGACACACUUAAUUUCAUGUUUUCUCUGCAAAGGUUCAUACUUUGAUUCAUCCCUCCAAAACGAAUUUCAUGUAGGCGGCGAUUUCAGUUUAGUUUUUUUUUGUUUCUAAAUUGCAUCCAAACACGAACUUUGGCGUUUUAAAACAUUUUCGAGGUGAAAUUUCUCUUCGCGAACCCGCGUUUCACAAACCGAACGUUAGAUUGAUUCCCUCACAGAACAUUUUCUUUUUUUGAGAAUCUAAAAAAAAAAUUCUAAUUAUUUGUUAUUUUUUCCAUCUAGCCAUAAUUUAAAAGUUAAUAAUCAGGAAAAUGAUUAAAACACAUCUUCGAUCGAAAAAGAUAUUUCAGUAGACAUUUAGGAUGAAGGACAAGAAAAUUCUUUUUUUUUCCUGAGUUAAACGGUCAAAUUUCUUUCUUCACGGACCUUUAUAAAGUGCGUUCUCACUGGAAUUCUCUAGUCUGAAAGUUUUCUGAGAGAUCCAAUUAGAAAGUUUAAUUGGAAUAACACGUCCCCUAGAUAAUUUUUGCCGUGUUCUUACCCAAAAUAUUUGGAAUUUCUCUGAAAAGGGUUCUUUAGACUCGCUUUCCGGUCCCUGGUGUGAAUUUCAGCAAAAAGACCUAUUUUUCCAAAAAUCAUUAAUUAUUUUCUGGUUCCUGGGCGUGUCUGGGUGCCUACGCAUGAGAAUGACAGGCUCAUUUUUGUGAUAAUUUAUUUUUAAACCCAUUGAAAAUAAUAUCGGCUUUUACCUUUUUGGAAUUUCAUUCAAGUUCCUAAGGUUAGAUUCUUGCUCCUUAUGAUGCUAUGCCACAAAAACAGUGAUAAAAAGUUUUAUGCUUGCGAGAUUUUUGAAAUUUGUGGAUGAUUUAAAAGUUCGAUUAAAAAAGGAUUUUUUUUAUUUUGCAUCUGUCAAAAAGUUCAAAUCUAUUCAUUGCGGUUGGAUACGUUCAGCUUUCGCUACAUACGGAGCCUUUUAAGUCCAAAAAUGAUUUUCCAUGCGAUUUACUUCUUGUUAAAGAACUCUUCCGACAUCCCCUUACUGUUUCGACUACUUGCUGCACUUUUCAUAUCGAAAAAAAAAAUCGCUUGCUUUAAGAUUAUUCAGACUAUAAAAAAAUGAUACUUCUAGUGAGUCUCAUUAGUUGUUAUUUUUUUGAAUCUUAAAAAAAUACUCGAAUUUGAUUCGGUUUUUGAUUUCAAAAAAACGCUAUUAAGGUCACCAUCUUUUUGGCUUAUAACGCGUCACUCGAAUGUAUUUUUUUACUGAUGCUUUCGUUUCACGACAUAGUUCCUUUUCUGGUGAAGUUCGGCUAUGAAUUUCCCCCACGAAGAUUAAAUAAUUGAUGAAUUUUUUUAACAAUCGUCUUUUUGAAGAAAUGCUUCUCACUUUAUUUCCAUUAAAAUGAACUUUUUUUGUUUUACAUAUCGAAGAAAAACUUCAAAAAGCCCUCGAUUCGAAUUCAGUUCCACACUUCGAACAAUCACUAAUUCUAUCAACUAUUCUUUUCAAUCCUUACACCGCACGCUCAAAACAACUUUAAAAAAUUGAAAAAAAAAAAUAAAAACGAGUGGGCAGAAGGGACAGAGGAAGUUCUCUCCAAAGAUUUCUUACAGGGUAUAAUUUGGCGGAGGCAACUCAAAAAGUUUGCAGAAGAAGGAUCCACCCUAAUCGGCUUAUUUACCUGAUCUUUAACACCUUACUCAACCAAGCAUUAUUUUAGCGUUGGAAGGAGGAAAUAAUCAGUCUCGUUCAGUUCUCCCGACGCCUUUUGGCUAUCCCAGAGAAACCUUUGCCUUCAAAGCCUCCUUAUAGUUUUGCUCCAAGCGCAGUUCAAAAGAGAACUUGUUUCUACUUCCUUUUUUCGUUCCUGCAUUGCUCGACUAGGACAAAAUUACUCAGAGCAAAGCUGUGCUCAAGUUUUACUUCCUUUGACGUUUAUUUUCCAGCUGUUCAAUCAAAUGUCGGCCAUCGGAAUGGAAGAGAACGAUCAACAAAAUACUUCGGUAGAGCAGGUUUGGUCCAAACUCUCAGAUUGAAAAAUAAAAUUUUAAUUUUGCUCAGAUUCAUCUUGCCGCUCUAAAAAGAGGAUUGCAAGAUUAUCAGUUUUGAAAAAAAAGGAUAUGUUCAAAUCAAUUAUUCAAGUCUUAUAUAUAAGUCUUCCCACAUCUUUUAGGUUAUUGUGUUUGAAGAAGUUAUUGAAAAUCUGAAGACAUUUUUUGAAACUAUUAUUAAAAUCUCGAAAUAACUUGAGUCGGCGAAUAUUUUUUUGAAGAACAUAAACCUACUAUCGAAAUAAAUAAGUGGUUCAAGAAUAAAAAUUGUUUUACGCGGAUUUUUUAUAUUCUUUUAUACCAACAUACGGUGCGAUAAAAGGUUAGAACUUCGGUUUUGAGAGAAUUUUUUUAGGCUCUGGGAGACCAGCCCUCGCUGGAGAUGAUGAUGUUGUACACGAUGGCGAUCAUCAUGCUCACGUUGAUCGGAAAUUCUCUGCUCAUCUACGUCAUUCUCAAAAACAACAGUGUCUUGCGUCGGAAACGAGUGACUCCUGUUCAGGUGAGAAUCGGAAAAAAAAAAUUACUCGGAGUGUAAAUAGGAUUUUUGAAAAUGAGUUUUGUAUCCCUAGGAGUUGGGAUCCCGCCCACGUAUGAUCAAAAGACAUAAAUUUCUCUCUUCAAUAAGAAAAUUAAGAUGUUGAUGUUGCACAUGUGCGCGGCCGACCUGCUUUUCGCUCUGAUCGCCAUGGCGCCGACGAUUUUGAUCGCGGCCACCGUCCCGACCUUCCACGGACCUAACUGGCUCUGCAAAUUCGUCAAGUUCCUAGCUGUACGUUAUCAAAAUGGAAAUUUAUUUGAUUUUGUUCUUUGCUUUAUUUCCAAAGAACAUUAUGUCUUCACUGUCUUCUGCUUCAUAUUUUGAAACGGGAGAACGAAGUUCGAGUUCCAGGUUCUGCCGAUGUACGCCUCGUCGUUCCUGCUCGUGGCGAUCAGCGCCGACCGUUACCAGGCAUCGGACUUGUUUUGACGCGUUCUCUCAACUCGCAGUUUCAGGCGAUCUGCCGUCCGCUCGCCUCGAUGAAGUCUUCGGCCUACAAUCGACCCUCCAUGUACGCCGCCUUGGCCUGGUCGGCCGCUCUUCUCUUCAGCACGCCCCAGAUAACUUUCUUCGAGAAGAUCGACGGCGAAUGUGUCGGCCACUAUACCGACGACUACCAAGUCAGCAUUUCGUUCCAGAAAGAUCCUCAACUAAAACUGAAAAACCCUUAAAAUUUCGGUUCUGAAGGCCAGUAAAUCAUGCGGUUAUUAAUGACACCCCGUUAUUUUUCUUUGUUUUUCAGUUGGAAUUUUCAGAGAAGUCUUUAUUAUUUUUUCCAAAGACCAAUACUUGGUGCCAAUGUCGAAAAAAAUUUACAUUCCCGCAUAAACGUGCUUUUUGCAUCUGCAAAGUUGCUCUAUGGAGACAUGGUUUUGUCAAUUUUCAUUUCUUCAUUUCUUUUUAUCCGGUUUAAAUAUUUUUUCUUAUGCUCGAAAAAUCCUCCGUUCUGGAAAGUUCUGAUGAGGAUAAGGCUGAGAAAUAUUGUUCGCUUUUUUUUUAUCAAUAAUUUGUAAUUAGUGAAUUUUAACCUGAGUUUCAAUAAAACUCGAAAAAUUUUUUAGUACGCUCUGUACGUGACGGUGUUCAACACGGUGGUGUGGCUGCUGCCGUCGGCCAUCGCCGGAUAUCUCUAUUUCUGCGUUUGUCGCGCCGUCUGGAGAAGCACCUCGUUCGGCAGCUCCAUCCGAAACGUCCACAACAACAACAAGAACGAAAGCUACUGCAACAAGGAGCUCAUCGCCAGGUUCGACAUCAAAGAAGAAUGCGUGAGAAAAUCAGAGUUUCAGAAAGAAGGAAGAAGUUCUCCUUGCACCGCUCAGCGGCGGAAUGCAAGCCCACCACAAUGGUUCGAUUUCUCGAAAUUCCAAAUGAUUCCGGAAUUUGUUCAGGAGCGACGAUGCAAUGCGUGGAACUGGACCGACGUCGUGUCCAGACCGUCAAACUCACCCUGACCAUCGUCGCCGCCAACUUCCUUCUUUGGGCACCCUUCUGCAUCACCAGCGUCAUCGAUGCCCUUUGGCCCGGUGCCCUCAGUCAGUUUCCCCAAAAACUUUGGCCUCUUUAAAAACAAUCCUUCUUUCAGUAAUCAACUAUCUGUGUUAUACAUUAUUGAAAGUAAUAUAACGCAUUUCAAAAAUUGAGCCAAACUUCUCAUUUCAAUGGUUUUUUUUGAAAGAAAGUCUCGAAGCUUGAAAUAUACACGUAUAUCGGCAUGAGUCAUUUCAAGGGACCUUUUUCUGAAUAGAGUCGGUUUCAGACCCGACGUUUGCCACCUACAUCAUGACGUUCGGAAACAUCAACAGCUGCGUGAAUCCCUGGCUCUGGUUCCACUUCAACCGUCCGCAAUUGCGUCGUGCGAUGCCCUGCGGCAAAACCACCGAGCCGUUCAUCGCCUCGUCAGUUUCCUUUUCGAAUCUUCAGGAAUUCCCUUCAAAACUUUCAAAAAAAAGUUAUAAUUCUCAUGAAACAUUGCAUCGUGACUUUUCCUCUUGACAUGUUUUGUAUGUGAGAGCUUGCGUUGCGGUGAAUUCGAUCUCGAAUCGUACUGUCCGUUCUUUUUUCUUAUCAACGAAACAGCACUGCUAGUUAUAUUUCUGAAUUGUUUCCUAGUAUAAGCCGGAAAUCGAUACGUAAUAACUAGCCAUUAGUGAGAAAAACCCCUAACAGUUGGCUAGAAAAACAAGGUUUAGACUUUUUUCCAGUCAGAAAGUCACCCUAAGAAGAUUGAAUUGUCUGAAUUAGAGAGGUUGUCAAGAAAAUAUUCAGACUUUUUUCGAAGAUUAUUUUAUUUUUUUCGCAAAAGAGAAUGAUCAACUUAUGUAACUUUGGAAUUUAUUCCUCGAAAAAUUCGAAAUUUUUCGAAAAUUUCGCUGUAGAUACGCUGCAAUAUAUCAGAUGUGUGAUCAGAGGUCAUAUGCAUGAAAGUUUGCGGUUUAUAAAUGCUCGGUUGUGAAUGAACUUUGAAAAAAAAAAUUUUAAAUGCUCAAUAUUUGCUUAUCACAAGUUUUGAGUUUUGAAGCCGUCGGGGCUUUGCGUUUUUAGACUGGGAAAUUUCAUGAAUGAAGAAACUGGAUGUGAUGCUACAAAAAAUCAAAAUUUAGAAGCAACCCAAAUCUAACUUCAUUCUUAAGUUUCUGAUGUGAAAAUAUGCGCUCUGUUUCAUGAUUAGCCGAAUUACGCAGAACCGCAAGUAACGUAUACGACGUUCGCCGCGAUUUGAAACUUUUCGAGUGUCUGCGUCUCUCUGUUCCCUCAUCGGCGAUUUCAGAGAAACAUGAAAAUAGCACGUAAUGAUAUGUUCAAAGUAAUUUUGACGAAAUGCAAAAUUAUCUCUGAGUUAUUUUUUUCUUUCUCUUCACUUUUUGGAUUCCGCGGAAUCACUUGAAAAAGGCGUGAAUAUUAGAGCGUUGCCGAGAGAGCAAGAGGAAGUAGAGAAAAACAUCAGUUUCAAGUCGCGGCGAACGCGGGAAAAAAUUUCAAUAAAAGCAUCUUGAGUUUUGUUGCAAUGGUCAACGCGUCUUGAAAUGCCGUUUUUGCUCGACGAGUUUGGAGUUGCAGCCGCCGGACAGACAACCAGAACACGGAGAUGACCAACGACGCGAACAACGGAUCCGACUCGAAAGGAUCGCUCUGA